AUGGAUGAUAUAUUUCAAGACAACUGAGAUCCUGUAUCAUGGCUAAACGCAAUUUUAGAAAACGAUUCACAGCCUGAACAAAAACUCAGCUCUCUAAGUAUCAAACUUCAACUGCUUGAGCAAGAUCUCGAAGCUACCCUUGAAUUUAAAUCAUCAUCUUUAUUCAAAGAUAUAGGAUCUUAUAAAGAUCAAGUCUCAGCUCUCUCUAUCGAUACCAUAGAUCUCAUAAAAGAAACUGAAAGAAUCGAAAACGCUUUCAAAUCAUUAAAAACUCCUGAGCUAGAAGAACUCAAGCGCGAUCAUCUUCUUACAGAAAGGAUUUCUGACUGCAAAAAUGCUUUGCAAGAAAUAGAAACUUUUGAAAGCAAAGUUGAGAGGAUGCAUGCAUUAUUAGAUUCUAAUGAAGAUAUUGAAAAUGUUACAGAACAGUUUGCAUCUAUGAGGAAAUCUCUUAAAUUUAUGACAGGAUUGCCACAAUUCGAAAAAUUUGUUGAAAAAAUUGAAAGUUUUAUGAGAGUAAUUAAAGAAAAGCUAACUCCCCCACCGUGAGAGAAAAAAACAACUGGAAAAAUCCCUAUUUUUUUGCUCGAAAACCCACCGUCCGUGAGCGAACACAAAGAAUUUUUAUAUAUAAUUAAUAAUUAGUACAAUGAAAUAUCUAUCUAACUCUAUUUAAUUUUUUAAAUAGCUUGCAUUUUAAAUAAUAAAUUUUAAAAAUUAAAUUACCAACGAUUACUAUAUAAUUUAUUAAUAAUUUUUUAAACAAAAAAAUAGCCCUCUACGUGAACGAAUAAAAUUUGUUGGUUCCAUGGAGCGCAGAUUAAGAAAAAAAACAGAAGAAAUGAGCAAAAAAGAAGCUCGAGAAGAGCUAAAGAAAUUGCAUAGAAUUUACAAUGAGCUAGAAAAUAGUAUGGAAUUUGCAGAAAUUUUGGUAGGAAAUCGCUUAAAAAUUUACCAAAAAAGCACUUCUGAUACAUUUGACGAGAUGAUUUCCGAGGUCUUACAAAGAAUCAGAAAUGAAGGAAGUUUAUUUCAAACUAUUUUCCCAGACCCAUCACCAUAUCUUGAAACACUAUUUGAACAAAUUUUAAGCAAGGAAAGAAUUAGUGAUCUAUUUUUAGGUCAACCAAUAGAUUCACUUAUUCCAACUUUUACAUCUUUAUUAUCAUUGAUUUCUUAUGUGAAAAAUGCAACAAAUUCAAUAAAUCCAAUAUCUUUGCAUAUCAUUGCAAUUUCUACUAACUCCCCCCCCCCCUCCGUGAGCGAACAAAACCAUUAGAAAAAUCGCCAUUUUUUGACCAAAAACCCACCCUCCGUGAGUGAACAAAAAUUUUUUUAAUAGAAAAAAUUUUAAUGGAAAAAAAAUUUUGAUAUAUAAGUGAUAAUUAGUAUAAUGAAAUCUAGAGCUAAUUCUGUUUAAUUUUAAACAAAUUGCGUUUUAAAACAUAAAUUUUGCAAAUUAAAUUAAUAUUUGCUUCCCAAUUUUUGCAAAUUAGGAUUUUUUUAAAUUUCGAAAAAAAUAUUUUUUAUAAAAAUUUAUAUAUAAAUUUUUUUUAAAAAAAAAAAUUAACCCCCCUCCGUGAGCGAACAAAAUUUUUUUUGUUCGCUCACGGAGGGGGGGGGGGGAGUAAGCUGACUCAGCUAGAAAAGAAACUUUUUGAUAAUUCCAACAUUCCUCGAGUUUUCAGAGAUAAUCCCAUUGAUAAUUGGAAAAAAUCGAGUCAGUAUUUAUUAAACGAAAUCAAAAAUUCAUGGGAAAGGUGUUUGAAAAUUACACUUGGUACAUCGGCUUCAGAAUGGUGUCCGAUUAUAGAACAAGCAAUGAUCAGUGAAAUAGAAAAAUUUAAAAAUGAAAUUAGCAGCUUUGUUUUGCAAAAUAAUAUAAAAACUCUCCCAAAUCUUGACUUUACUUCAGGUCCUUCGACUCAAUUUCAAUUAAACUGAAAUGAUGUCCAAGCAACAAUAAAGUUUUAUGAAGAAGUGUUGGAUUUUUAUGUAGAAGUUGAAAGAAUUGAUGGGAAAAUAAGGCAGGAAUUUUUAAACUGUAUGACAACUUCAUAUUUCACAACAGAAUUUACAGAGCAAAAAGAACUUCAGGAUGCAAUACAAAUAAAUAAUCCGAAUUUAGCCAAAAAAUGCCAGCAUUUUGUGAGAACUUUAAGAGAAGGGGGGAGGUUUUUUAAUGGGAUUUUAAAAAUAUUAGAGUCAAUGCUUGACGAAAGUAAAGAUUUAGCUCUUAAUCCCCCUUCUUGAUCAAAAAAAUUUUUUUGUAUGUUUAGGAGAAAUUUUUUUUAAAAAAAAUUAUAUAUUUUAUAGUAAAUUUAAAAAAAAUCAAUUCUCAAAAUUGAAAAGUAAAAUUAAUUUAAUUUGUAAAAUUUAUGUUUGAAAAUGCAAUUUGUUUAAAUUUAAAGAAUUAGCUAGAGAUUUUAUUAUAAUAAUUAUCAUUUAUAUAUAAAAAUAUUUUUCACCAAAAAUUUGUAUAUUAAAAAAAUUUUUUGUUCGCUCACAAAGGGUAUUUUUACUCAAAAAAUAGGGAUUUUUUCAAUGGUUUGCUUGUUCACUGAGAGUGGAGCUAGAGUUUUAUACCUACCAAUUGCUGGUAAGCUUUAUAGUUAUCAUGCUCUUCCAACUUGAGUAGAGCCAGUAGCCCAGUUUUCAGCUUCCCCAUCGCCUAGCAUUAUAGCUGUUGGUGAGCAUUUGCUAGGGCUUUUGCAGCAAUUGGCACCCAGUUCACCUGACAUGAAUUAUGAAAAAGCUUACAUAGUUGAGUUUUCUGUUUCUUCGCCUAAAGAUUUACCGCAUGGGCUUAAUGUUCAUUUUUGGAUUGCUGUUCUUGGAUACUCACUUUUAGGCAUUUUCACUUCAAAAAUUUUGCAGAUAAAACAGCUAAGCCAGCAAGGCGGAAAACAGCUAGCUGCAGACAUAGAAUAUUUGCUAAACAUAAUAAAAGCACUAACAAUUGAUAAGGAUACAGACUCGUCACACUCAAGAAAUCUUGUGUACUUAAAAAACAGUUUGCAAGGUAUGAAAAAUGAUAACCCACUUUCUUUAUCUCCCCCACCUUUAUAUUGGGACAAUUUUUUUGUUCCAAAAUUAAGGAGGGUUAAUUUUUUCAAAUUUGGAAAAAAAUUAAAUUGAACGAUUUUUUGAAUUUUAAUUUUAAUUAUCAAGAAUUAAUAUAAAAAUUUAAUCAAUUCAAGGUUCUAACUAUUUAAAUAACAUUAUAUUUGUGUUAUUUAUAGUCCCUCCAUUAAAUUAGGUUAAUUAUUUUUAUAUUUGACCUAUAAAUAUUCAAUUGAAAUAAAAUUUUAUAUUAAAAUUUUAAGUGAGGAAUUAGCAAUUUUAAAUAGGAUGAUUAGAUAA